AUGUCGCUCCAACUCGACAGCCUUGAAGUGACGGUGAUCAUCGAUAAUGACCUGGAUGUGAUGUCUCCUCCGCCACCCACGACGGUAGGCUCCAUCUCCUCCCAUGGCUCGCUUGGCAGCAUUGCGCGACAGUCCACCGUCGUUUGCAGGGGCGAAGAAGAAACGGGCACAAUAGGAGGGGAGAAGAGGAGCGUCCUGUUUGAUGCUGGGCCAGAGGGAGAUGCAUGGGAACGCAACGCGAGGAGACUCUGCGUUGAUCUAGCAUCUAUAGAGGCCAUAGUGCUUUCUCACUGGCAUCGAGACCACUCAGGUGGCAUGCUACGCGCUAUCUCGGAGAUCAAAGACGCCAAGGAGUCCUCAGGCCACAGCACUAAGGGAAUAGCGGUAGAUGUCCAUCCCUCACGGCCUAAAUAUCGCGGUUUCCAGCUAGGCGAAGAGAUCAUAUCCCUCCAGGCAGAUCCAGAGUUCCAUGAAAUGGUUGCGGCUGGCGGUACGGUGAACAAGAACGCGCAGCCACACGACCUGGCAGGUGGGAUGUUCCAUGUCUCAGGCAUGAUACCGCGAGUGACAGAGUACGAGACGGGCCUCAAAGGAGGGAUGCGACUUGACGAAGACGAAGAUGCUAAUGGAAGAUGGAAAGAAGAUGAAAUGAUCACGGACGAGCGCGUGAUCACGUGUCAAGUAAAGGGAUUAGGGCUUGUUGUGGUCACGGGAUGCAGCCAUGCUGGUGUCGUAAACACAGCAAAACACGCCAGAAGAAGCUGCCGGGUAGAAGGGAAAGGAGGAGAAGAAGAAAGACAGGAAGAAGAAAAAGAUAUCUUUGCGAUAAUAGGGGGCUACCACCUGGCGACCAGCGACGAGGCCACCGUGCGAGCGACGGUGGAGGACCUGAAAGCGCUGAACCCACGCUUCCUCAUCCCAGGACACUGUUCAGGCUGGAGGGUCAAGAUGGCCAUUGAGAGCGCCAUGCCUGGUCGUCUGCUCCCCUGCUCUGUCGGUGCCAGACUCACCUUUGUUGAGCAGCCUCUGCCUGCUGGUGAUCGCUCUGUACCUUGCAGCUCGGCAGGAUCUUGA